AUGGCAAAGCGCAUGCAGCACGGUUUUGCCGCCCGCAACGGACUCUUUGCCGCUUUGAUGUCCAGAGAAAAUUAUACAGGCAUCGAUCAAGUUUUCGAGAGACCAUAUGGCGGCUAUCUCUCUACCUUCGGUCAAGGCUCGACGUAUGACCCCACUUACAAAGAGAACGAGCUCAUUGAUGGCUUGGGACGGCACUGGAGAGGCAUUGAAGGGAUCAGACUCAAGGAAUACAACUCGAUGAUCGCGACACAUGCUCCUUUUGACUGCAUUACUACGCUGCAGGCAAAGCAGCCCGAAAGAUUCGCAGACCUCGGGUCCGUGAGCAAGAUUGUGAUCGAGCGGCCCAAGGCUCCUCACGCACACGGUGGUCAGCAGAUCGGUCGACCCAUCACAACGACCGGCGCUCAGAUGAGUACGCGGUACAUCGCUGCUGUACAGCUGCUAGAUCGAAAAGUCCUGCUCGAGCAAUUCAGCGAGGCAAACCUUGAGCGCGAUGAUACUUGGGACUUGAUCCGGAAGAUUGACUGCGUGUGGAAUGAAGAGUUUGACGAGAAGAGUGCUUGGUACACGAGAGUGUCAGUAGAAUAUACCGAUGGCGAGAGCUUGGUGCAGGAAAUGCCGGUCUCAAAAGCUAUCGGAAGCCUUCUUUCUGGGUAUCGCAGUGGCAGUAUGGUCAACGAGAUCCCGAUGCUGAUAUCUGCGCUGAAAGUCUUUCUAAAGUCUUUACCGGUCGGUGUGAAGUUUAAUAUCUGUUCCUUUGGAUCGAUUCACUCUUUCCUUUGGGCCAAAAGCCGAUCAUAUGACAAUGACUCGCUAAAGGAGGCGAUAGCCCAUGUCGAAAAUUUCAAGGCCGAAUACUGCGGGACUGAGACUCAGAAUGCCGUUAGAGCGGCCAUCGACAGCCGUUUCGUAGACCUCGACUGCGAGAUUCUGGUCUUGACUGACGGUGACAUAUGUCGCCAACACGAAAUUUUCAGCUAUCUCAACGACACUGUUGGCGACAGCAUUCGCGUGCUUCCACUAGGAAUUGGCGAUGGCGUUUCUACCAGCCUUAUUGAGGGCGUCGCUCGUGCUGGCAAAGGUUUCGCGCAGAUGGUUGGCGAAGGUGAGAAGCUUGACAAAAAAAAUGGUUCGUAUGCUGGAGGCAGCAUUGUCUCCGCACGUCUCAGACUACACUAUGGAGUUCAGAUAUGA